UAUCUUUAUUUUAGUUUAGUGUCGAAUCAUGCGCAGGCGGAGACGCAUCUUUUUAAUUUGAAUUGUAAAUAUUUCGAUAGCAUUUAAGAAGAAUGGAUAGAAUUCGACGUGCCUUUAGAAAGAAAAACGAUUCGAACCAAAUUCUAAACAAGAGUACGUACUCCCUGGUAUCAUGUGGGGAGCUUCCACCAGACACGUUAGAGUUAUGGAUCACCCUCCCAGAAGAAGUCAAGUACGAUCCCUCUAUGGAAGAAAUAAGAAAAAAAGUGGAAGAAAUCGAAACCAAUUCCAAAGAUACCAAAGAGAUUAUACCCAAUAAUUCAGAAAUAACCCAAUCAAGAGAAGAAGAAUUAGGAAAUGACGAAGACGUAACAUUAAUGGAUGAUGUUAAAAACAGAAAUACAAAGUACAACAAUGUUUCCGAUCAGAAGAAAGACAAAGCUUCGCGAAAUUUAACAGGACAUAAUACGCAGUGGAAAAAAGCAAAACACUACAUCAAAAUGACGGUACUUCUGGGUUGUUGGACAUUUUUCACCGCUGUUUUUCUGUUGUACAAUGAAAAAAACGAAGUUUUCAAAAACACCGCCGUCAGUAUUACUGAGGAGAAAUAUUAUCCUCUAAAUGUAGAAAAAAGCAGUUCAAUACAAGUAAAACUCUCAGGCCCAUUUUUAUCUGAGCAAGCUGAAGAGAAGCUAAAUUAUAGCGAACGAAAAAACUACUCACAGUUAAUUGUCUGGAUUGAGAGUCUUAAUGACAAUAAAACAUUUGAGGUUAUUAACAGAACAAUGGCAGCGAUAACAGUGUCGACGUGUUCGCUCGCCACGCUAGCUCUGGUUGGAGAACGGCCGACUCUAAUGGAGCUGAUCACGUGGCUCGACGUGGAAACUUUACUGCUGCUCUUCAGCAUGAUGAUCCUGGUCGCCAUCAUGGCGGAAACUGGAAUAUUUGAUUUCUUGGCUGUUUUUACUUUUCAAGUCACCAAAGGCAAAUUGUGGCCAUUAAUUUUCUUGCUUUGUAUCGUGACGGCGGUCCUGUCGACUUUCUUGGACAACGUCACCACUGUACUAUUGAUGUCUCCAGUUACAAUAAGGUUAUGUGAGGUUAUGGACUUGGACCCAGUGCCAAUAUUGAUCUUCAUGGCGAUAUACAGUAAUAUAGGAGGCACAGCGACCCCUGUCGGCGAUCCACCAAAUGUUAUAGUAGCUUCUAAUAAGGCGGUCAUACAAGCUGGUAUUAAUUUCACGAACUUCACGGCCCACAUGUCGCUCGGUAUUUUACUCAUCUUAAUACAGACAUCAGUGCAGUUGAGAUUUAUGUACCGAGACAGUAACAGGCUCCGUCAGAGGGUUCCUCGAGAUAUUCAAGAUUUACAAAACCAAAUUUCAAUAUGGCGCAGAGCAGCGGACUCAUUGCCGCAUUUAAGCGAAGGUGUCAAUAUUGUUAGAGAGAGAUUGGAAAGGAAAAUAACUAAAAUAAACCUAAAACUGCAUAAAACUAUCAAAGAACGGGAAAAAAGGGCUUGUCCUAAAGAUACAUUCCACAGGACGCUUGGAGAAUUGAGGGAUAAGUACAAAAUCCGUGACAAAGUCCUGCUCGUCAAGUCGGUGAUAGCAGUAACGUUUGUCGUCACAGUUUUCUUCCUGCACUCUAUUCCUGAACUUAACCGCGUGUCUCUCGGUAUGACGGCUCUCCUGGGCGCCAUCCUGCUGCUGACGCUGGCGGACCGCGAGGACCUGGAGCCCAUCCUGCACCGAGUGGAGUGGUCCACGCUGCUGUUCUUCGCUUCACUAUUUAUUCUUAUGGAGGCUUUGUCUAAGCUCGGUCUUGUGUCAUACAUCGGAGGGUUGAUGGAGCAGCUGAUUUUGCAAGUGGAUGAAGGCGCCAGACUGGGGGUAGCGAUAAUGCUCACAUUGUGGGUGUCAGGCAUUAUAUCAGCGUUCGUAGACAACAUACCACUCACCACCAUGAUGGUGCGUGUGGUGAUAUCCAUUGGGAGCAAUCCUAAAUUAAACCUGCCCAUGUCACCGCUAAUAUGGGCGUUGUUGUAUGGCGCUUGCUUGGGGGGUAACGGUACACUCAUCGCCGCAAGUGCGAACGUUGUCUGCGCCGGUGUUGCAGAACAGCACGGCUACAAAUUUACCUUCUUGAAAUUCUUCAAAGUCGGCUUUCCAAUCAUGAUAGGCCACUUUAUCGUUUCAUCGAUUUAUUUACUAGUUUGCCAUUGUGUUUUUACUUGGCAUUAGGAAAUAAACCUGGAAUAAAAUAUAUAUAUCAUCAU